AUGCGCUUGCUAUGUAUCUUGCGCCAGCCUGAUCCUGAUGUGUCAGGGGUCUGCAUUUAUUCAGCCCAGGUUUCAAGAGCUGAAGUGAAUAUUAUACUCAGUCUCAUAAACAUCUCACGAUGCAGACUCUCACACCGCAAGUGUUUUGGGCACAAAGGCACGGCGAAAUUUACCUGCGGGUGGAGAUAAGCGACGCAAAGAACCUUGACAUAAGCAUACAAGAGAACACCCUUCGGUUUAGAGGUCAGGGUCAUGGAGCAAAAGGAGAAAAUGAAUAUGAAUUCAGCUUGGAGUUCUUGAAUCCAGUGAAACCCGAGAUAAAACACAAAUCCACCCAGCGGCAGGUGAAUAUCACAGUGAGAAAGCAGAAGCACUGCUGGUGGGAUCGACUCACCAUGCAGGAGAAGAAGCCUGUGUUUCUGGCCCCUGACUUCGACCGCUGGCUGGAUGAGUCAGAUGCUGAGAUGGAGUUGAGGCAAAAGGAGGAAAAAAUAAAUAAAAUAAGCAUUGAAUCAAGGAUUCCAAAGGACCCUUACCUAGGCUUGAAGAAGGGAUAUCUCUUCAUGUACAACUUGGUCCAGUUUCUUGGAUUCUCCUGGAUCUUUGUGAACAUGACUGUUCGUCUUUUCAUACUUGGGGAAGAUUCUUUCUAUGAUACCUUUCACACCAUUGCUGAUGUGAUGUACUUCUGUCAGAUGCUAGCCAUUGCUGAGGUUAUUAACCCUGCGCUGGGUUUAGUCAAGACUGCUUUGAUGCCUUCCUUUAUACAGGUGAUGGGGAGGAACUUUAUCCUUUUUGUCAUCUUCGGAAGCCUAGAGGACAUGCAGAACAAACCUGUUGUUUUCUUUGUCUUCUAUCUCUGGAGUGCCACCGAGAUAUUUAGGUACCCCUUUUACAUGUUGGCCUGCAUUGACACGGAAUGGAAAACACUUACUUGGCUACGGUAUACAAUUUGGAUUCCCCUGUACCCACUGGGUGUACUUGCUGAAGCUGUGGCAGUCAUCCAGUCUAUGUCCAUCUUCAAUGACACAAAAUUCUUAAGCAUCCCUUUGCCUGAAGCGCUCGGGUCCUCCCUCAGCUUCUCCUACGUCCUGCAUCUCUACUUGCUGCUCCUGUUCCUGGGACUCUUCAGCAACUUCCGUCAUCUCUACAAGCAGAGGAGGAGACGUUUCCGAAUGAAAAAGAGGAAAGCAAACUGAGAUACCCUUGGAAGAACUGAAGUGUCCUGCCGCCACCCAGGACUCCCUCAGCCUACCCUUUUCCGCUCUCUAUCUAGAGACGUCAUUACAGAAGCAGAAGUAUCCAUCCCUCCACGGAAUCAAACCAAAUUUGAUUGUACAGUAUAGUUCUCAAACCCAAUAGGACUUUGACCCAACUACAGAACAAAUUGUUUAAGUUGAUAGAGCUGAAAUUAUUUAUAAAUCUAACUGUUAUUUCCAUUAUGAGUUAUGUUUAGUGGGGUGGGCAUUUGGAGUUGACAGAGUAAUAACCCUCUCCCCAUCAGUCAUUCCCUGGAACGUGUUUGUGUGUUUCUCUCUGCAGAAGAGCAGACAAACUGGUAUAAAAACCAACAACCUCAGGGACCAUGACAGUUUUAAACAAAGCAGCAGAAGCCCACCAGAGUAAUCUGCUGUUAUAUAAAGAAAUCAGACAUGUAGUGUAUGCUACUGAAUACCAGGCAACUGAUGAUUGUUUAAAAUAAAGCUUUCAAAUGAA